AUGAAUCAAACACAGCAACUUUGCAUUAAACAAGUUCAAGAAUGUGAAUUCGCGGAAGAAAUAAAUUCUUUGACAUUAAAAGUUUGUGUAGCAAAUCGUAGCGUGUUACGCACUCUUUAUCCCUUUUUAGACAAAAAUGGGAUCUUAAGAGUAGGUGGGCGCCUAAGUCAAGCUAAUGUAAGUUAUGAUCAAAAGAAUCCAAUAAUUUUGCCUGCUGAGAAUCAUCUUAGCCUGUUAAUAGUUGCUGAUGCUCAUACAAAGACUCUUCAUGGUGGUCCACAACUGAUGAUGAGUUUUUUGAGAUCCAAAUAUUGGAUAUUGAGAGCACGUAAUAUGGUUAAAAAGUAUUACAGAAGUUGUGUCGUAUGUUUAAGGUACUCUAAAGCAGCGGCUACACAAUUAAUGGGUCAAUUGCCGGAGGUUAGGUUAAAACCGAGCAGACCUUUCAAAAGUUCAGGAGUGGAUUAUGCAGGUCCAAUUAAUAUCCGAUUCUCUCCAGGCCGUGGAUCAAAAUCCUACAAGGGAUACAUUUGUUUAUUUGUUUGUAUGGUAACUCGCGCGAUCCAUUUAGAAGCGGUAUCUGAUUUAACAGCCAAAGGCUUUAUUGCUGCAUUUAGAAGGUUUGUUGCAUGUAGAGGUCAUUGCCAAAAUCUUUUUAGUGAUAACGGCACGAACUUUGUGGGAGCUAACAAAAUGUUGUGUAAAAUGUUUGAUAAUGCUAAAUCUGAACUACAUAAUGAAAUAGCUGAAUUAUUAACUUUGGAGUCAACAAAGUGGCAUUUUAUACCACCAAACGCACCUAAUUUUGGAGGAAUAUGGGAGGCGGGUGUACGAUGUGCUAAAGCUCAUUUGAAACGAGUUGUAGGGGACAAUAUCUUAACAUUUGAAGAGAUUUCUACUAUGCUGACGCAAAUCGAGGCCUGUUUAAAUUCGCGACCAUUGAGCAUUCUUAGUGACAAUCCAAAUGACCCUCUCCCAUUAACACCUGGUCAUUUUUUUAAUAGGGGAGCCAUUGUUAAAUAUUAA